AUUUAUACAGUUUCUUCUGUUCUUCUACCUCCAACAAACCUUACUAUAUCCUCUGAAAAUUUCAAGCACAUCCUGACCUGGGAGGAUCCCAACAAUGAGUCCACCAUCUUCUACCAAGUGAAUUAUUUACCAAUGUUCCAAGCGCCUCCUCGUGUUACCAAACAUUGCUCCAAUGUCACAACGCGGCGCUGCGACCUGAGCGAGGAUCUCGCCGAUGUCACCAGCCAUUAUGACAUCACAGUCUUAGGUUUUACAAAUGACGAAUCUUCAGAACCUUCCAGCCGUGUUCCCUUGACACCAAUUGAAGACACUGUACUGGGCCCACCGAUAGUGGAUGUCGUUCCUGGCGACCGCCUCAUCAAAGUCUCCAUCCAGCUUCCUGCCUCUCAUUUAUGGAGUGACGAAAACCAGCGCUAUGUGAGCCUGAUUAGUGACGAGGGCUUUUCAGAGCUGCACUGCCAUAUUAAGAUGGAGCACAUGACAGAGGUCUCAUUCUAUAAGGAAGAUAUGCAUACAGAGAAUUGUACAUUUAUCCAAUCCAACCUGCUACCAAACGCCAACUACUGUCUGUCUGUAAAUAUAACUUCAAACCUGAGUAAGAAGCCUCCGGUACCGUCCAAACUGAAAUGCGUGGUGACAGAAUACCACGGGGGCAGUACCGUUCAUGUGAUCGUGUCGGCGGUGUGCGGAGUUCUGCUCUUCAUUGGUUUAGUUUUUUGCUUAAUCGGACUGGACUUUGCCGGAUAUAUCUGCAGGGCCAAGACCGCAAUCCCAAAAGUUUUGAAAUCCUUGCCAUCUUCCGAGAGCUCGUUCGUUGCCAGAAGUGAAUUUACCUCCCCAACGUUCUCUAUUCCUGUGGACAUAAUUAGCCAGAAAUUUCAGGUGGAGCAGAAGCCAGAAAGUGAGAAGAACUGUGAAGAAGGCUACACAAGCAGAAAGCGACUUGUGGACAGUGACACAAGUGGCGCCACGACAAGUGGAGACCUUCCUUCAGCUGUCUCGUCCUCCACGGGGUCAAGCGGAGAAGCAAACUGCUCUGCUGAGGAAGACUUCUCCUCAGGACGUCAAGGAGAUAGGGUGUCCUCUUCUGUAUCUCCCCUUCGAGGCUCUUCCAUUGUCUGUCCACCGGUCAGUGUCAGGGAUGACUCCUCAAACCUCCCCUUUGACACCAGUGGGGUCUUCAACAUCAAUCUGAACACUGUGUCCAUAGCGGACCCUGCCGAGGUCUGGACGGGUUUCAGACAUGUAGAAGUGCCACAGGAGGAGGCAGAAGUCUCGGUGGAGUCGCACGAAACUGAGAUUGAACUAGACCAGUGCAAUGGUGACAUCUGUUUAAGCAUUGAUGGCCUGGAAGAAGAGGACUGGGGUGAUUACGAGGAGGAAGAGGACAUUUCAGAGAAUGAUGACUCUGACAGUAACCUGAUAUCAGGCUACAUGAAAAGAUGACUUUUAUGCCAUGCUGCAUUUAUUACGGCUUUUUUUU